UGACAGUCUAACAUAACCUGACUAAAAUAAAAUGUUUUUUUUUCACUCGUCCACAUAAAAAGUUUAGGAAAUUCCUAAAUUAAAAUAGUAAUAAGAUUAAUUAAUAAAUAAAUAGUUGUUCAGUGAUGGCUUUAGUAAAUGUAGCAACAAAAACAUGCUGUAACAUCAGGAUAUUGGAAGAGAAGCUAAGGACAUUGAGCCUAACAGCCCUAACCAUCAAAAGAGAAAAGCAUCUAAAUGCAAGGCCUCGCCUCAGGAAUCCUACUUGGUUUACACAAAAAACCAGAGCGCCUACUAAUGAAGAAAUGACCUCAGAAAAUCAGGAAUUUCUCAAAGAGAUUGUUCAAGAUAAAAUGACGGAAUCUGCAGCCCAUGCUAAGGAAAUAGUUACAACAAGCAAUAUUCCGUGGGAUCCGAAAAUGCAAAGAGCAGGAGUCAUUGCUAGAAAAAUCGGAAUUUACCCAUUGUGGCUAAAAAACGGUAAAAAAGUCUCCACAACGUUAUUGCAAGUGUUGGAUAAUCACGUUGUCAAAUACUAUAGUCCCGAUUAUGAACCACCUAAGCAACUGAGACCAAAAGUUUACAAUAGAAAAGCGUGUUUAUUAAUUGGAGCCGAAGUAGCAGAUCCAUCCCUAUUCACCAAAGAUUAUUGUGGCAUAUUUAAAAACUCUGGAGUGUUGCCCACUAAAUUCUUAGCAAGAUUUUUCAUUAGCCCUGACGCAGCUUUACCAUUGGGCACCACAAUAACCGCCCAGCAUUUUCAAGUGGGCAAUUAUGUGGACAUCAGAGGCAAAACCAUAGACAGGGGUUUUCAAGGAGUGAUGAAAAGGCACGGAUUUAAAGGUAUGCCAGCCUCACAUGGUGUAACAAAGACGCAUAGAAGAGGUGGUAACAUUGGCGGUGGUGGUGAAAAAGGUAGAGUAUGGCCUGGCACCAAAAUGCCUGGACACAUGGGUAAUAGGUUUAGAAUAGCGAGAGGUUUGAAAAUAUGGAGGAUUAAUACAAAAUAUAACGUGCUUUGGGUGUCUGGGCAAGCGAUUCCUGGAGAAACGAAUUCCUUGGUUUAUGUUUUUGAUAGUAAAUUGCCAUUGAGGAAGCCAACAAGUGCUUUGCCGUUUCCAACAUAUUUUGAGGGACAAAAUGAAGAGGCUCCUGAAGAUAUUUUUGAUGAAGAGGUUCACUUGUUUUCUGAACCUACCAUAGUGUUUGAUGAGAAGAAAUAGGCAAUAGGAAUUAAAGAAGUGUGAAAUUUUCAAAUUUGGUUUUAUUUUCAACUAAACAAACAAAAAAUUACAUUAGAUUUUAUUUAAAUUGGCCAGGUGCAGGUCCAAACAAGCUAUUGCUUUGUUUAGAGGCUGCUCUAGAUGGGGCAAACCCGAGUACUUUCUGGAUGUUUUGCCUUAUGGACAUUGUGCACAAAAUAUACAAAAAUAUAAAGGAGCAGUCAUAGUAGUCUUCUCCAGGUAAAUUACGGUGACUUAAGCCUUGGAUCCAGGUUAAUGGUUGGAAAGGUAGCCUGGCCACUACUCUUCCAUCAAAACUAGUUAAAAAAAUAGAUUUAGAAUUUGUUUUAAUUUUUGGUUGAAUAACUUACAUGCUGUUAAACAUGCCCAGUAAAGCAGUGAAAGCGAAUCCAAUAGCAAACAUCGACUUCAUUUUUACAAAAGAAAGAUCACGGUUGUUGUGCUUGAGCCUGUCCUCUUCCCUUUCAAUUUUCUUUUUCUGUUGCUUGUCCAAGGUGUCUCCAUGAGUUUCUUUGCGUUUUUCCACUAAAAUUUAAUUCAUUUGUGUUAGGGAUAAAUUUUGGAGGAUUUCUACUUACGUUUUUUGCUCUGUUUUUCAACUUCGGUUUUAAGUUUCUGGUAUCUCUCUGUACGGUAUACCAUCAGCCAGGUGAGGCCUUCGCCGAGAAGAGCGGUGCAUAUCGAUAUGAAAACUAUUAAUAGAGUGUCUGCCCACAUUUUUCAAGUUCUAGUUAUGUGAUUUAAAUUUGUUUAAAUAAAUAAGGGUAAUGUUCUAAUAAAUAACCUACAAAAUUA